UCCGGGGGGUCGCAGGGACAAACGGAGAGCGUGGACUUCCUUCCGGAGUGCCUAGAGAGAGAAAGCUUCGACUUUAAGAGAGAGAGAGAUAGAUAGAAAGUAUAAUCAUCCUGGGGGGAAGACUCUGUGCUGGGGUAUAUUUAUUGUCCAUGGACUAACCAUCUCAAAAGACACGGAUACAUAAACCAAGUCCAGGGAGCAUCACACAUUCAAAGUAAAUGUCAUUUAGAAGUAUAGCUCGUGACAUUAAGGAUAGUAUUGGGAGCUUAUCAAGGCGAAGUUUUGAGUUUAGGUUGACUGGCCAUCAGAGGGGGAAGUCUCAUGGGGCUGUCCAUGAGUUGCAUGACCAGCCUGCAAUCAUCCAGAACAGCUGUUGGGCUAGCCUCCCACCUGAGUUACUUCGAGAUGUAAUUAAAAGGUUGGAGUCUAGUGAGAGUGCGUGGCCUGCUCGCAAGCAUGUUGUUGCCUGUGCUGGUGUUUGCCGAUCAUGGAGAGAGAUGUGCAAGGAAAUUGUUCAUAAUCCAGAGUUCUCAGGAAAGUUGACUUUCCCAGUCUCUCUGAAGCAGCCUGGGCAACGAGAUGGAGCCAUUCAAUGUUUCAUAAAGAGAGACAAAUCUAAUUUAACUUACCGCCUUUUCCUCUGUCUUAGCCCAGCCUUGCUGGUAGAAAAUGGAAAGUUUCUUCUCUCUGCUAAGCGGAACCGGAGGACUACUCAUACAGAAUAUAUUAUCUCGAUGAACGCAGAUAACAUAUCGCGGUCCAGUAACACUUAUAUUGGAAAACUAAGGUCAAAUUUUCUUGGAACUAAGUUCAUAAUUUAUGACACCCAGCCACCAUACAACAGCACUCAUAUAUCCGAUCCUGGUUGUACAAGCCGCAGAUUCUACCCAAAGAAAGUUUCCCCCAAAGUCCCUACUGGAAGCUACAACAUUGCACAAGUCACAUAUGAACUGAAUGUUCUUGGCACCAGAGGGCCACGGAAAAUGCAUUGUGCCAUGUAUUCAAUCCCGGCCUCGUCUCUUGAGCCUGGCGGCAUUGUCCCUGGCCAGCCUGAGCUGCUUCCUCGCUCACUUGAGGAUUCGUUCAGGAGCAUCUCCUUUUCAAAAUCAAUUGAUAAUUCAACCGAGUUCAGUAGUGCAAGGUAUUCGGACAUAAUCGGUCCACGGGAUGGUGAUGAUGAUGAUGAUGAUGCGAAGGAAAGACCUUUAGUACUUCGGAAUAAACCUCCGAGAUGGCACGAGCAGUUGCAGUGUUGGUGUCUUAAUUUCAGGGGAAGGGUAACGGUUGCCUCUGUCAAGAAUUUCCAGCUGAUCGCUGCAACGCAGCCGCCGCCUGCUGGUGCCCCAACGCCAGCUCAGCCGCCACCCCAGUCUGAUCCCGACAAGAUCAUCCUGCAGUUCGGGAAGGUUGGCAAAGAUAUGUUCACCAUGGAUUACCGAUAUCCUUUGUCCGCCUUUCAGGCAUUCGCCAUCUGUUUAAGCAGCUUUGACACAAAGCUCGCAUGUGAAUAAUACUACAUAAACCGAAGGUUGUGCGCCUAUACUGACCAACAUUUGCAAGCGACGAGUCUGUCUGUGCAACUCCACUGUACUGUAUGUCCAAGAAAAAGGUGCAGGAAUGUUAAUUCCUUCCAUUGUACUUUUCCUUAUUCUCUUUUGUUUCUUCCAUGUUAAUUCCUUCCUGUCUUAGGUAAAUUUGUUUUGGUAGUUUAAUUUGCUGUAAACCUUAUUGCAUGAACCCAUAACAGGAAUUAUUCUCAUUUUCACUAAUGAUUUUCAAAGUAUAUCCAUUACUCAUUC